UCGACGACUGCGCUCUCGUAAAAUUUCGUAGGGACGCGGCGCGCCGUGUAGCAUCUAGCGCGUAGGUAUAUUAUUGUGUGGCUGAUACUUCCUUCGUAUAUACUUGUUUCAAGAAAAUGGCAGACGUUUCUAAAGAAGACUUAGAAAAGGAAAUUUCAAAAAUCCUUCAAAAUGCGAAUUUGGCAAAAACAUCAACUAAGAAGGUCAUACAAAAAUUGGAGGAGGUAUUCGGUACAGACCUGACAGAGAAAAAGAAAAUAAUCGACCAACUUGUAAUGGACUAUGUGAACAGUAAAGAAUCAGAGGAAGAAGGAUUUGAUGAGUCCGAGGGUUCAGAGGAAAGUGAAGAAGACAAAAAACCACCAAAACGAGCACCGGCAAAGGGAAAGAAACGCAAAGAGAGCUCUGACGAAAAGGAUGAUGCUUCAGAGGAGAGUGAAUCUGAGGAGGAUAAGAAGCCAGCCAAGAAAGGAAAGAAGAAGAAGGAUGAAGAUGAUGAACCAAAGAAACCAGCCAAGAGGUCAGCUCCGGCUGCCAAGUCCCGAGGGAAGAAGGCCAAGCAGGAUUCCUCCGAUGAAGAGGAUGGUUCAGCAGACAGUGAAUCCGAGGAGGAAAAAAAGAAGCCAGCCGCCAAAAAGGGCAAGAAGAAGAAGGGGUCAGAGGACUCCGACAGUGAUUGGGGCAAGAAGAAGGGCGCAGCCAGCGGGCGCGGCAAGGGCGGCGGCUACACGCGCGCGUACAAGCUGUCGCCAGCGCUCGCCGAGCUCAUGGGCCAGGAGCAGAUGCCGCGCCACGAGGUGGUCAAGCGAGUGUGGUCUAUUGUCAAGGAGAAGAACCUGUACGACCCGAAUAAUAAGCAAUUCGCGAUAUGCGACGACGCCCUGUAUAAGGUUAUAGGCACUAAGCGUUUCAGAACGUUUGGCAUGAUGAAGUAUUUGAAAGCGCACUUCCUGGAUUAAGCCGUGUGGUUGGGGAUGACGCUGAAACGUUUGUAAUGCGAAGGGAAGAUACCUAUGCGACUGCUUUGGAAUGUUCGUUAAAUAAGAACUUAAAAUGUGAAAAUAACAAUUUAAUUAUUGAAGGUAUAAUAUACAGACUACAGCCAAAUUUCCAUAAUCCUGGAAAUAAUAUGACUACUAUCUACAACUAUAUGUUCCUUUUUGUCGAUUUUAAAGAUAUUUGAACUUUGGCAAUAAAAUAGUUCAUUGGCCAGGUGGCUUAUGUGGGAGAGUGAUAGCGAUAGACGAUGUAUAUAGCUGUCUCUUUCCCGCUCUGGUAUUAUUUUACUUUAAGACGUGACCCUACUACCUUCAGUUCACCGUCAUUCCCAUGCCUCGAUCGAGAAAAUAAGAAAAAUUAUAUUUGAAUUUUUUAUAAGAUGUUUCGGGCAUUGGAUGCGAGCCAAUGCGAAUAAGCUGGACUAGGAUUUAUGCUAUAAGCACUAAUAUAGGAAUUUGAAAUAAAAAUUUUAAUUAAUUAAUUAUAAUUAAUAUGUAUUAUGACAGAUGCUAUCUGUCAUGUUAUAAAACCAGUUAAGACUAGAAUGUACCAAUUGGUACAAAGUACGUAACUACAAUGUAAUGUUAUACACAGGUAUUAUAAAAUCACGAAUUUGUUUUUUUUUUAUGUUAUUUUUUUUAAAGUGCGAAUUUCAGUUUUGACCGUAGCACAGAUAAAAAAUAUAACAUAGCUAUCUCGAUUAUAAAAAAGUGAAUUAAAUGUAACAGCUAUGUAAAUAAUUACACGUGUAAAUUAUGCUAAUGAAGUAUUCUCUCGAUAAAAUUAGGUUUAAGCGGCUAAAUAUUUAGUGAUUUGUAUCGAUUUUUAUUUUAACAUUUUCGUUCCUAUGUUUCAUAUUUUUCUUUUAGUCAUAUGUAUAACGGAAUAUAUUAUUUUACUAUGCACUGUGUGCAGCUAAUUAAAUAGAAUUGUAUUUCAUAGUUAUGCGUUUUAGUGGUUUUUAAAUUCAGGAAAAUAUGUUUAAAGAAUAGAAAUAUGUCGAUCAUGAGACGAGACUCAAAAUCUUCACCGGUCGUACUCGAGUGUUUUUCUAUUCUUUAAAAAUAACGUUUUAAAAGCAGGUUUUCAAGAAUUAAAAAACGUUGAAUUAUUUAACACCCAAGUUUAUAAAUAAUAUUUUAACCAAUGGAUGCAUUUUAUAACUGAUACCUAGAAUUUAACCAUAGUUUUAUUAUAUUGAAAUAACUAUCCGAACAGAUUAAUUAGUUUUAAGAAAAUUGCCGUUGAAAAUGAAAGGUCAAAGUGUUCAUAAUUGAGUGCUAAUUAAUACACGUCUUGUAGGAGCACGAAUUUUGUUUUAAUUAGGACACUAGAAUAAGGUUGAUUGACACGUAAAUGUAUUUUUAAAAUAAUCUAGUUUGCUAGAAUGAGGAGGUUGUAUGUCCCAGAGUGAUUAAAUUGAUGAUUUCAAAUGAA